UUUGAUUUGCAACUAAUCAGCCCACUAUAUCAAAAUAUCUUGAACGUCCACCCAGACCAGAUCCCUUAUAUUUCUACUUGGAAAACCAAUGUAGAAAAGAAUCCACCGUGGUUGAAAGCCUGCCAAGGCGACGCCCCACGAAAUACAAUCUGUACAGUUCGACCGGCAGGGAAGGCAGAAAAGCCCCCGGUGAUACCAGACCCAGAAGAUGAGGAGGGGGGAAUCAUCAAACCGCCACCACCCUAUGCUCCACCAACUGCCCCUCUGGCAAAUCCCCCAGGCCCAGGUCUCCAGGCACCGGGAGGAGCCGGUCCCCAGGCCCAAGCAAGCCCUGCACCAAGUCUAGAAAAAAGGGACAGCAACUUGUUAAUGAAUGAUGAGUUAGAGGAAAAGAAGGAGGAAGAAGAUGAUGAGGAAUUUAUAGAGGAAUUGAUAAGAUGGACUGAGAAGAAUAUGAGGUGGACCACGGAACAGGAGGAACGCAUUACGGCAUACGUAAGCCCCUAUGCGGAAAAAUUAGAUGUGAGUCCCUUGUUAGUUGAGGCAGCAGAAUGCUGCACCCCUGACAAGAGAAAGAGAUGGCAACGUAAGUGGGGACAGGCAGCGAAGAAAGUUAUGUCUCAUAGACAGUAUGAGAAAACCAGGAGGGAUCAGGCAGCCGGAGUAAUGCCCCUCCGAAGGGUUUAUGACCCACCGGGACCUCCAGGAGCUAAUGGGGCAGCAGCAGAACGGACCUACACGGUCCAGCAUAUACCUUUUUCAAGUGCAGAUGUCUGUAAUUGGAGAAAUCAAAAUCCUUCAUUUGAGGAAAACCCAGCGAAAAUCAUAAAGCUGUUUGAAGGGAUUUUUAAAACUUAUAAUCCCACCUUUGAUGAUGUGCAGUAUUUAAUGGAUGCGCUGCUAACCACAGAAGAGACUAGGCGCAUCCAUGCUGAAGCCCGAGCACACAUGAGAGCGCAGGGAGUGCAGGAUCCAGCUAUUGCAGCAGAGUACCCUGAAAACACACCGAAUUGGGAUUAUCAAACUACUGGUGGCCAGAACACCCUCACUACCUACCGCCAGAACGUGUUAAAUGGUAUGAGGAGGGCAGCCAGGAAACCCACCAACUUUGUGAAGGUCAGAGAGGUAGUGCAGGGGAAUGAAGAGGCCCCAGGGGCUUACCUGGAACGCCUGAAGGAAGCCUACCGUCAGUAUACUCCUGUAGACCCAGAUGAGGCUGCCAACGCCCUUAUUGUAAAGGCUGCUUUUGUAGCUCAGGCAGCGCCCGAUGUCCGCCGAAAGAUUCAAAAACACGAGGGGUUCAUGGGCCACACCCUUGAGUGGAUGUUAGAACUGGCUCAAACCACUUACAAUCAGAGGGAAGAAGAGGAACAAAAGAAAAAGGAGAAGUAUCAAGCAAAGAAGUUGAUGGCAUUACAGGCCACCGCACCCAUCCCUCAGAAAAGAGGAAGUGCCCGGGGAGGAGGGCAAGGCCGCCUGGGGAGGAAUCAGUGCGCCAUCUGCCGGCAGGAAGGGCACUGGAAAGGAGAAUGCCCACAGGCCCACUUAGGAGGGAAAGGACGAGGAGAACGAGCCCCAGGCCCAACCCCCAGGGGACCUGGACAGGGACUGAGACCUUGGUCAUCGACAAAUGCCAGCAGGGGUAGAGGACGUGGACAGGGACCUCCCUGGUACCCCUCAGCCCAAAGGCAGCCCGGCAUGAUGAGCCUGAGAGAGGAGGAAGAAUACUAGGACAGACCGGGCCCAGCUGCUUUAGGUUCCCGUGAGCCCAUGGUCAAAAUACAAACAGGGAACCAAACUAUCCCCUUUAUGGUUGACACAGGAGCCGCCCACUCUGUUUUGCCAGUACCAGUGUCCAAGCCCACCAAGCAAACGAUUAACAUAAUAGGGGCUACAGGCAAAUCACAAAGAGCCCCAUUCCUGCAAUCUGUUGUCUGUCGCCUGGGUGGCCAAGUGGUCCAACACAAGUUUUUGUAUAUACCAGAGUGCCCUAUCCCAUUAUUGGGCCGAGACCUGCUAUCAAAAUUGCAAGCCCAGAUCUCCUUCCAACCAACAGGGCAAGUGACAAUGACCACAGGGCCGGCAGGGGAGUUCUCCUUAGAGGUACCCUUGAGGGAACACUGGCGCUUAAUGAUGGUAAAAGAAGAGGAGGGGAUUAUUCCAGAAGACCUCCUGCAAAAGGUAAACCCUGGUGUAUGGGCAGAAGGCAACCCGCCCGGAAUGGCAAAGAACAUCCCACCUAUAAUAGUCAAGCCCAAACCAUUCGCCAACCCUGUGGCUGUGAACCAGUACCCUAUCCCCCGGCGAGCUGCAGAAGGAGUAUGGGUACAUUUGGAACGGUUACUUCGCCAUGGCAUCCUGAGGCAGUGUCAAUCUCAGUGGAACACCCCACUCUUGCCGGUGAAGAAGGAAGAUAACUCGUACCGUCCGGUCCAAGACCUUAGAUUAGUUAACCAGGCCGUGGAAACCCUCCACCCCAAUGUGCCCAAUCCUUAUACGCUGUUGAGUCUAAUACCUCCUACUGCCUGCUAUUUCACGGUACUGGACUUGAAGGAUGCAUUCUUCUGCUGCCGUCUGGCAGAGGAAAGUCAGCCCCUGUUUGCAUUUCAAUGGAUGGAUCCAGGAACAGGCACCAAGGUGCAAUAUACGUGGACGAGGCUUCCACAAGGCUUCAAGAAUUCUCCAACCCUUUUUGGGGUUGCAUUGGCCUCGGACCUGUCUAGCUUCCCCACCAGCCCACACAGGAUUCUGUUGCAGUACGCAGAUGACCUUCUUUUGGCCUGUUCAGACGAGGACACGUGUAUGGAAGCCACCAAGGACUUGUUAAAUCAUCUGGCUGAAGCAGGAUACCGAGUAUCUAAGAAAAAGGCCCAAAUAUGCCAACCCAUUGUAAAAUACCUUGGAUUUGAUAUAUCCCAUCAGCAACGGACCCUUAGAGAAGAAAGGAAGCAAGCCAUUAUCCAGAUUCCAGAGCCAAAGAAUCGCAGAGAACUUCGUGGCUUCUUGGGCUCGGCAGGAUUCUGUAGAAUAUGGAUCCCUGACUUCAGCACAAUUGCCAAGCCUCUGCACGAGUCAACCAGAGGAACUGAAAAGGACCCCUUUGUGUGGGGAGAGGAGCAACGGCAGGCCUUCAAGGAUCUGAAAAGGGCAUUGCAGCAAGCACCAGCGCUGGGUAUCCCAAAUCCUGAGAAGCCUUUCUCCCUGUUUGUGGAUGAAGACCAGGGAACAGCAAAGGGAGUGCUAUGCCAAAAAUUGGGAAGCUGGCAGCAGCCCGUGGCAUACCUAUCUGAGCGCCUGACGCCUACAGAACAAGGCUUACCGCCGUGCAUGAGAGCAGUUGUGGCAGUAGCCACCCUACUGAACAAAGCAGACAAAUUUACUUUUGGCCAAGACACUGUUUGUGUGACUCCGCAUGCGGUCCCAGCACUGCUUGACAUGAAGGGUACCUAUUUCCUCUCCCAAGCGAAGAUGAGAAAGUGUCAGAUGUUAUUGUUGCACCCGCGUCUGAAGUUCCAGGUCACCACCGCACUCAACCCAGCUACCCUGUUGCCGGUGGGAGAAGGUGAGAAGCAGACGCACGAUUGCAUUGAAGUGAUGGAUGAAGUAUAUUCCAGCAGACCUGACCUAAAAGAUGAGGCAGACCCCCACUGGCUUUCAUGGUUUGUGGAUGGAAGCAGCUUUGUCGAGGCUGGGCAGCGAAAAGCAGGCUAUGCAGUGGUAGCCCUGGACGACCAGGUGGUCGAAGCAAAGUCACUCCCGCCUGGAACAUCGGCCCAGCUGGCAGAACUAACUGCGCUUACCAGAGCCCUGAGCCUGGCAAUGGGACAGAAGAUAAACAUCUAUACUGAUUCUAAGUAUGCAUUCCUGACCUUACACGCCCAUGGAGCCUUAUGGAAAGAGAGAGGUUUGCUUACCUCCAGAGGAAGCCAGGUGGCCCACCCACAAGCCUUAUUGAACCUUCUGGAUGCUGUAUGGGAGCCCGAGGCAGUGGCAGUUAUCCAUUGCUAUGGCCACAAGACUGGACCAGGGGAAGUGGCCAGAGGAAAUCGAUUGGCAGACAGAGUGGCCAAGGAAGCAGCUCGGGACCUAGCCCCCACCUCGGUUAUUGGAGCCCUGGUCCCAGAAGAAAUUUUAAGCACCGCUGACAAGCCAGCUUAUACCAAGCAGGAAAAGGACACUGCAGACGCCCAGGAACUGACAAUAACCAAAGAAGGAUGGUACCUUACCCCUGAUGACAGGAUAUGGAUUCCAGAGUCCCUUUCGCGGCCAAUAAUUCAGAGGUACCAUGAUUCAACCCACAUAGGACCCGAUGCUACAACCAAGCAGCUGGAAAAAUGCUUCUACAUAGCCCACCUCUACCAACUGGCAGCCCAGAUCUCCAGGAAAUGCUUGCUGUGUCAAAAGAAUAAUCCCAGAACCGGACCACUGGCUCCCCCAGGGAUUCAGCACAGUGGAACGGCACCUAUGGAAGAUCUUGUCGUGGACUUUACUGAAUUACCCCGUUGUGGACUACACCGCUACCUGCUGGUGGCAGUGUGCACCUACACCGGAUGGGUCGAAGCAUGGCCCACAAAGACUGAAAAGGCAUUUGAAGUAACCAAGUGCCUGCUUAGGGAAAUCAUCCCUCGCUAUGGAGUGCCAAGGUCCAUAGGAUCUGACAAUGGACCAGCAUUUGUUCAUGCCGUCCUACAGGGACUGGCAAAAGCGCUCCAGAUCAACUGGAAGCUGCAUACUGCUUAUAGACCCCAGAGUUCUGGAAAGGUAGAGAGAAUGAACAGGACUCUAAAGAAUCAGCUGUCCAAGCUGACACAGGAAACCGGGUCUAAUUGGGUGACCAUGUUGCCCUUGGCGUUACUCAGGGUCCGCAGUCUCCCGUCAAAGCGAACCCACCUGUCUCCUUUUGAGAUUCUGUUUGGAAGACCAGUUCCAUAUGUUAGAAUGUUAACUCCAUAUGCUAGCCAAGAUGUGCAAUUGAAUAAUUAUGUACAGUCACUCUCCCAAGUUUUCUCUUAUCUCAACAGGUGGACCCAGGCUCGCACCCCUUGUGUGUUAACUGAACCGUUCCAUCAGUUCGAGCCAGGUGACGAAGUGUGGGUGAAAGACUGGCAGCGAGCCCCCCUACAGCCCUGCUGGAGGGGACCAUACACCGUGCUACUCUCUACACCUACUGCUGUGAAGGUUGCUGGCAUCACCCCGUGGGUCCACCAUACUCGAGUGAAGAAAGCCAUUUCCGACUGGACGGUAACACCAGAUCCAGAGAACUCCCUUCGGCUGACCAUUUCCAGGCGCCCGGUAGACGACCGCCCUGCUGAUAUCACUCCGGAAGCUGAUAUCUCUACGCACGGCUGAAGAAUUGGAUGGGAGGGGUGCCCAUCGGGAGUACCUCCAACGUUCCAGCCUUGCAGCCUUUGCCCCCUGAUAAUGUCCAGAACCCCGAACGAACCUUAGUGUGCAUUAUAUGGUGUGAGGAGGAAGCAGUGGGGAUUUUAACACCGAGUAUUUGUCGUUUGCAGGCAGCUACCUAUUCGUGUGGGUGUGUAGUGGCCCAUCCACCGUGGGUAUCCUCUCCUUGGGGGGCAAGAUUGUUCUCCACCCAUCGGGGGUACCACCAUCCCCCGGGGAUUGAGGGAUUUUAUCUCCACACCAUAGGGUUCGACGCUUGGAGGUAUCUCCGACCUUGUUUCCCUAACCAACUCGGGCGCCCGUGAGCAGCGUCCCCAACGUGAAAACCCGUGCCGGGACUGCUCCAGGAAGUCCACCAGGACAUUUAAUAUUUUCCUAAGGACUUUUUCUUUCUUUUUUUUUUUU